CAACAUCAACUUCAAGAUGCUCCAAAAUUCCAAAUACAAAAUCUGGCUGGUCAAGACAAAAGGAGAAGAAACCCUCAGAGGUUUUUCGCACCGACUUGAUAACAGCAAUGAAGAUCCCAGAUUCUUUCCAGCUGAGCCCGGAUGAGUAUUAUAUCCUUGCUGAUCCCUGGAGGCAAGAGUGGGAAAAGGGUGUUCAGGUGCCAGCAAAUACAGAAACAAUCCCAGAUCCAGUGGUAAGGAUAAUACCUCUGCUAGACCAUUCUUCAUCACAGACCUUUCCAAGGAACUUGUCCAGCUCUGAAAGUUCAGAUGCUUCCAGAACAUAUUCCCAGAGAGUAUGUCGCUAUGAUCUGGAUGAAAUUGAUGCUUGCUGGUUGGAACUUUUCAACAUGGAGCUCAAAGAAAUGGAAAAGCCAGAAAUUGAUGAAUUCACCUUGGAAAGAGUGCUUGAGGAACUGGAGACUGUGUGCUAUGAGAAUAUGAACAUUGCCAUUGAGACGGAAGAAGGCCUUGGGAUAGAGUAUGAUGAGGAUGUGGUAUGCGAUGUGUGCCGUUCACCAGAAGGAGAAGAUGGCAAUGAGAUGGUUUUCUGCGACAAAUGCAACGUCUGUGUGCAUCAGGCUUGCUAUGGAAUCCUAAAAGUUCCCCUUGGAAACUGGCUCUGUCGGACCUGCGCCCUGGGAGUUCAGCCAAAGUGUUUACUCUGCCCAAAGAGAGGGGGAGCCCUGAAACCUACCCGGAGUGGAACAAAAUGGGUUCACGUUAGCUGUGCCUUAUGGAUUCCUGAAGUUAGCAUUGGAUGCCCUGAAAAAAUGGAACCAAUUACAAAAAUUUCACAUAUCCCAGCAAGCAGAUGGGCUCUGUCGUGCAGUCUUUGCAAGGAGUGUACUGGAACCUGCAUUCAAUGUUCCAUGCCUUCCUGCAUCACAGCCUUCCAUGUAACAUGUGCCUUUGAGCACAAUUUGGACAUGCGGACACUGUUAGCAGAAAACGAUGAGGUAAAGUUCAAGUCAUUCUGUCUUGAGCAUAGCACUGGUGCCACCAAGCCACCAGAUGACGCACGGAUGGAGGCAGAUCAAGGUAAACUAGACCUGGAAAAGAUAACACUGAGAAAACAGAAGCUCCAACAGUUGGAAGAGGACUUCUAUGAUCUUGUGAAACCUUCUGAAGUGGCUGAGAACCUUGAUUUGACUGAGUGGCUAGUUGAUUUUGUCUAUCAGUACUGGAAGAUGAAGAGAAAAGCCAAUUAUAACAAGCCACUACUGAUGCCCAAGACAGAUGAAGUGGAUAAUUUGGCUCAGCAAGAGCAGGAUGUAUUGUACCGACGCUUGAAGCUCUUCACACACCUUAGACAGGAUCUUGAAAGGGUUAGAAAUCUUUGUUAUAUGGUAACAAAGCGAGAGAAAAUGAAGCACUCCAUUUGCAAACUCCAGGAACAGAUUUUCCAUCUCCAGAUGAAACUUAUUGAGAAAGAUCUUUAUGCAGGCUUGUCAACUUCCUUUCCCAUUGCUGGGACCUUCUUCAACAGCUGGUUGGCUCAAUCUGUACAGAUCACCACAGAGAACAUGGCAAUGAGUGGAUGGUCCUUGAACAACGGACAUCAUGAAAACACCACUCCAGGCCUUUCUGAGGAACUUUUACAAGAUGAAGAGACCUUACUAAGUUUCAUGAUGGAUCAUUCCUUGAAGUCCCCAUUGAAACAGAGUGACACAACUAAGAAAACUAAAAGUAAACAUCGAACACACACGAAGAAAAAAACAGCAAGAAAUGGCUUAAAUGCCCUCUUUAAAAGACAUCAAGAAGAGGAUUCAAACAAAUGGACUAACAGCAGUUAUUUGGCAAAUAACACCACAAAAUCUUUAUCCCAUGAUUUAAGAAAUGGCAAGGCAGAGAAAAGUAUGGACAAACUACACUCAGAGCGCAAAGGGGCAUGUGAAGUGAAAAAGACAUCUAAGAAGGGCUCUUCUCAUCCUGUACUUCCUCUUCCAAAAGCAAAUGAUUCUCAAGCAUCCCCCAGCCUCAUAAAUAACCUAAACCAUGAUGAGGAUGUCAUGAAAUACACCCCAACAGAUCCUAACUCUCUGGUUCAAGUGCCUGAUUCAGUAGGUAGUCUGAAAACAGUGGUGAGGUUCAAAUUACCGAAAGAAGGCAAAGGGACUCAACGAUCACAGAACAAGACACCUGAAAUGCUUCACGGACCUCCAGAAAAUGAAAGGUCAAAGGUUAUCUUGCAUCCUUUUGACAAUGAGACUGAUGGCUACUUUUCAGAUGCAGAAAUGAGUGACUCUGACACAGAAUCUGGAAGUGGCAGAGGGCACCACAGCCAGUUAGAUUCAGGAAACGAGGAUAAUUUCAGAAUGAGCAUUUUGGCAUCUUAAUGCACCUCUGAGACCAGUCAUGACAGCUUUGUGAGGCCUAAAUCCAGUUAAAACUGCCAUGUCCAAUUUCAACUGGUAUCAUAACAAAGGGUUUUGGUUUGUUACUUUGUUUUUAAUUUGUAUAUAUAAUUCAGAAAAGAGCACUGUUGUUUCCUCUCUCUAUAUGCUUGAGAAACAGCUCCAGGCUUCACCAAUUUAAACUUCUAUACAGUCACAGUAGUUAACCCUUAUCACAUCUAUAUCUUGGUUACAUAGAAUGCAAACAUACACAUUAUUAAGGUCAUCAGUUUUCUGGGAGCAAGCAGGACAUCUCAGGAUUUUAAUGAGGAGAUCUGAGAUUGCCAGCAUCUGUUGUUCAUGCAGGGAUGACAGUUUUAUGGGCAUUACUUUCGGAAGGAGAAUACUAUGGAUACAACUAUAUCCACAGGACGUGGAAUAGUGAAAAUAGAUGUUUAUAGGUAUGUGUGUGUCUGUGCACCUGCACAUGAAUGUACACAUGUGCAGGGUUUGCCAGUGUGUAUGUUUGCGUGUGCAAGUAUGAAGUAAAAUAAGCGAUUCUUUUUUUUUUAAAGAAGCACAACAGGCUUAUUUGAAGAAAGCACUUAAUGGGUAGAGGAAUACAACAUUGUAUUUAUGGUCUACUAAACUCUUCCCCCCUUCUUCUCCCUCAUCCCUCACCUCUUUAGUUCAAUUAGGGUCCAUCCAGGAAGCAAGAACCAAGAUUUAACACUCUAUCACUCAAAUUAUCAGCUGAGCAGCUCUACAAAGACCCAUCCAAAGCUCUCAGUAGAUAGAAAUUACAGAUCCACGCUAAAGCUGCUCUGUUCCCUGUCAGUAUCUUUCCAGAUUAAUUUGGGGUAUUAUUUAUACUAUUCAUUGGUAAAACCUAAACCUUUGCUUGUUAGAGCCAUCCCCCAUAAUUUCCUCAGGUUAAAGUAGCCUAGUAUGGGCCAAACAAAGAUCAGAAGAAGAAAUGUUUCAAUUACUCAGAGGGGGAAUUAUUCAAAUCGCUUCAAAGAACUCCAGUCUGUGCUUUCAUGAUAACUCAAUAAAUCUCUGCUCAUCUCUUUAGGAGCUGCUACAGUAGCAGUCACUUGGUUGAAGAGGCAGCAUCAUUGAAACAUUUCCUUUCCCAUCUCAUUGGUUUUUAUAAACACUAAUUACAUUGAUGGCUUUUCCCCUUUAUUUCCUUUCCAUUCAAAGUAGAAACUUGUUAGUGAGCCAUCAGCACAUCCUAAGAGGGUGAUUCACAGAAGUCAGCAUUCUAAAUAUUUCAGUAAUACUGUACAUCAGAUGUUUCUAAUAAGCCUUAAACGUUGUUUAAAAGCUGAUGUGACUUAUGAGUCAUAAGGAUCUCCACGUUUGCACUUCGUUACACUAUUGAUUCAAUUUUGGCUUCAAAAGUUACACAGUUUUGAGUUUGCUACAGGCUUGAUGGGAGUGGCCCCAGUGUAAGCUCAGGGAAGUAAAAUAAAAAGACAAGUGAAGUUCACUAAACAUUUUUGCUGAUGGUAGGUAACUUUGAAUACGUGUGUGGGUGUGUGUAUGUGUGUAUGUGGUAUACACACAUUUAUACAUAUCCUUACAUAUGCACACUGGGACACUUUCAAACUGGGGGAGAAAAGCAUCUUGUAAUUCUGAUGAAUCUGUGAAAUUAUUUUAUGGAUGCCAAAGAAUAUAGUAAAAUAGCACAGCCAGAAACCAGAAACUCACUAUGAGCAAAAGCUGUUGAGUAACUAAAGGACUAAAUCCGUAUUCAUGACCCACUUUGCACGCUUGCUGAAGAUGAUGCUUUCAUCAUUUGAACCACCUUCCACCAUUGUGAUUUCUGAUGUUACUUGUUCACUGCAGUAAGAGCAAUAUUGUUGGUUUUUGGUGGAUUUUUUUUUUUUUUUUUUGGUUCUCUAAUGCCAUAUACUGGCAAUUCUUUUUUAUUUUGUUUUUUUUUAAAGUCACAUUAUUUUUACCAGUCUUCUGAAGUUCUUAAUACUAUUCCAGUUGAGCUAUAAUUUAGAGAAUCUCUAUUCUGGAAAGCAACCAAAAUCAGUUGCCAAAUACACGACAGUGUUUUACUGAUAUAUGAUUGCAAAACUAUUUCUCAAAUCAUUGACCAAAAUGGAACAGUUCAAUGUUAGUAGCCUAGCAUAUGGAUUGGCAAGUAAAUUUUGUUCCACCUUCAAGGCUUGGUAUGUUCAGAUAAUGUUAAAUACAGUAAAUAGGACUUAGUUUUAUCUUAUCAAGCUUGCUAGACUUUAGCUACAAUAUCCUAGUUAUGUCAUACAAAUAAUCAAUAUGCUGCCUUUAAUGGAUCUUGCUUCCGUGUGCUUCAGUUCAACUAUUGCUUUAAAAACAGAGAAAAAAAUCCAGAAAUCUUGCUGUAUGCAGCUUCAUUUGCUAGCUACUGCAUUACUUGCUUGCUCACUCAAUACAGGACAGCAAAAGGGGUAAACUUUAAAGAACAACCAAACUAAAGCAACCUCUCUUUGUUUAGAUGAUGUAUAGAAGGAUGGAACACUCCUUUUUUUUUACUGUGAAUAAGAUUCUAUUAUGAAACCGUUUUUAAAAAAAGAAAAUGCAAAAAUAAUUAUUACUUUGCCAUGGUCCAGAGUCUCCAGUGCAAUCUUAACAGUGAUAUAUAUAGAUAGAUAGAUAAAUGUAUCACAAAAAUAUCAUUGAAUGUUGCCGACUUACAGUCUUCCUUAAAACUGGAGGGAACAAGACAGCCUGUAUUCAUGUAGGACUUCAGAGAGUCGAAUGGAGUGUUGGAGUACAGCCUUUCUAUAGGAUAUGCUCAUAAUGCUUUAGCUAUCAUGUUUUUUGCAGAGAGCAAACGUUUACAAGGCUACAGUGGGUUUUGUUGCAUAGAGAAUAAAACUCUACGUGAUAAAAAGGAUACCGAAGAUUUCACAAAGAAACAGGAACCCACUUUUUCCUAAUAACUUUAAUUGCCCUUCCCCUCACAGAAGUGGUUUGACUUGAGAGGGGCUUCUGCCAGCAAAUAAAAGAGUUUUCACUGAUUCCUUUUGCAGUUUUCCACCUCUUACAUUGUGCAUUACGAAGCAUUUCAGGCACAUAGCAUGAAUUGGUAAAAAUCUGCAUGCACACUUCAAUUGUUGAAACCUUAUGGGGAAGUGUGCGCGUUCUUCCUUUCUCUGAAUGAUAGAACUCAACAAGGCUGGGUUCGUAAAGUGUACGUAUUUUUUGCAAAUGCCGAGGAAUAUGGAUUUGGAUUUUUUUUUUUUAAAAGAAAUAAUAUGCUCAGACUAAAUAAUGCUCACUAGAGUUCAGUGUCCCUAUAGAAAUGUUUCUCAACUUUGGCAGUUUUGAAGAGGUUAUUCUGGGAGUUGUAGUCCACGCCUCUUUAAAGUUGCCAAGGUAGCUACAGUGAAGUCCAGUAAGUGCCUUGGACUCGGUUUCAGUCUAUGGGAUUAAAGAAUAAGCCCUCUGCCAGCUGCUGCAAUGUAAUAUGGAGGAGGGCACAACUUCCGUUAGUUCAGCGGCUGCCCUCACUUAGGGGAACGUGCUGAAGGUUGCAGUCCAAAAGUGGGCAGCACCAGGCCCCAUUUGUCAAGAGGGAGGCUGGGAGCUUAAAGGGUUGGAGUGAGUGCCUUAAGCCAGGUACAGGUUUUAAGGCACAUAGUUUGCUUCCAAAUGCAAACUACCCACUCUGAAGGCCUUCAAAGGGAUGCCAGCGGGCCCAUUUUUAUGUUUUCAUUUUGUUUGUGCCCCCAAUAAUAGUGUUGCCGUGUGGUGGAAUAAACACAGUGAAAUGCUCCAGAUGGUUAAAUCAAAGUCUUCUCUAGUAUUUGAGGCUUGAUAUAUAUAGCUAGCUGUCGAAGGGAGUUGCUCAUCGCACAAGGCGGGUGUUUUGUCACGGUUAAGAUCCAGCUCUGAAUUACUUAAAAUCUGUUCUUUUGUGUUGUUUCCAGUAGUGUAUCUGUUAGCUCCUGCUCAGUUGACAGCUAUGUGCAUAUUCGUCAAAACCCUUUUAAGGAGAAUGCCAAUCUUCCUUUGCUACUUAGCACCUGCCUCUUUUCUUGUAGAAGCUAGAGAGAUUUGCAUAAAGGAAAAAGGAAUUGUAUGUGAAAAAUAUUUUUGAUGCAUUAUAAAUGUAUUUUGAAAUGAAUGGGGGGAGCAUAAAUGGUCUAUUUUAUUACAUAAAGGUCUUUAAUCCAAUAAUGUGUGAACUUCAGGCAUUGACAUUUGCACUGUAAAGGGUGAAUCCUGUUAGCAUCAUGAUUAUGUAUUAACAUGGCUAUAGUAAAGCUCAUUUUUGUGUUCAUUAAUAAGGAUCAAACGUUGUUUUUGAAACCUUAGAUUUAAAUGGAAUGUCUUAGAGUCCAGUUUUAGGAAAUGCUCAAAUACACUCAAAUUUCACCUUCAGUUUUUGGAAACAGGAAUGUUGUGGUCUAUUUUCAAUCUUUUGUUGAUAGUUAUUUUGUCAGCAUUAUUAAAAAAACAAAGGUUUGGCAGUGCUUUUCCUCAAAGCACAGUGGAGGUUUAGCCAUUUCUCCCCAAAAAGUGUGGGGAGAAAGGGUAAAAUUCAUUCCUGCCUGUUGCAACCUGUCACAAGGCUCCCUUUCCUGUUACUAAAUGGGUGUGGCAAUUUGGUUGUUCUUUAAGGAAUCUCUUGCACACUUUGGUCCAUUCCACACUGACAUAAUACAGGCCCACUCUGUAUCAGUUACAGGAAACAAUAUGAAUGUCACAGGAGGCAAAAGCCACCUGUUUUCUUUGUUUCAAAGAAAGUGAUGUGCCAUUUGUUAAUAUAAAAGAGAAAUAUUGAAAAUAUAUUGAAAAGAGCAAUUUUAAAUUAUUUUUGGCUUAUGUUGCAAUAUUUAUUUUCUUGUAUUAGAAAUUCCUUUGUAGAGAAAAAAAUGUAUUUUUCAUUAAUGCAAAACCUAUUUCUCCUUUUUGUACAUUUUCCAUGUUAGUUAAUCCUUAAAGCAAUAUAAUGUAUCAAGGUUGUUCUGUGUGAAAGCUGUAUUAUGCAUGCUGUUUGUGUUGCCUUGGAAUAGGUCUGUCUGCCAUAAUUUUCAUCAUGUUUCGAUUUAGUGUAUGCUUUAAUACACAUUGGGACCAUGGCCCAUUUGCUUAUGGAAAAAGAAAUACCUUUGCAUUCUUCAAUGUGUUAGCAAAUGCAGUCAAUAAAGAUGUGUUUUCUGUGUA